AAUUUAUUUAUUUCAAACCACACACCCAAAAAGUAAUUUCUAAGAAAAUAAAAAUAGUAAAAUCUUUAUUCUUCUUUAACAAGUACAAGAGGAAAGGAGAUUGACAAAUUAUUCUUAGGAGGAGAAUCUAUUCUCUCUCUUUGUCAUAACAGCCGUAGCAUCUUUCGUCAACAACUCUUUCCUUCCGAGCAGAGUUCACAGGGAUUUGAAGCGUAAACAAGAUCUUAUUAAGAUAUAGUUUGGGGGUGUAGAUAUUGCUACCUGUUUUGUUUAAACAUGGUGAUGGUAGAGUCGAUUGCAACAACUUCACUUCUUGGACACCGCCCUUUAUGUGGAAGAUUUUCCGCUAGGGAUGUCUCCUGCAAACAAAAAUCCUUGAGUAACUGCCUGUCUCCUUUCAAAGAAUUUAUUGGCAAAACGAUCGUUGUUCCUCCUUCGCCAAGAUUGAGAGUGGAAAGGUUAGUUAAUUCAUCCAUCAAGGCGCUUGCAAUGGAGCUGACAAAAGAGGUUUAUGCAUAUGAAGGAAAAGCACCAAGAAACUGGAGUUAUCUGCUUGAUACUAGUGUAGAGCGAAAGCCUCGCUUAUGGUCGCCGGAGAAUAGAGCUGAUAAUCCUUCUUUACACAAUCCCUUGCUUCGACAAGAAAGGAUGGGCUGUGGUUGGUUAGGCGCUUUAUUUGAAUGGGAAGGAGUUAUAGUUGAAGAUAAUCCUCAGCUUGAGAAGCAAGCCUGGCUGGCUCUUGCUGAGGAAGAAGGAAAAUCUCCUCCCCCUGCCUUUAUCCUCAGAAGAAUAGAAGGGAUGAAAAAUGAGCAAGCAAUUUCGGAAGUUUUGUGCUGGUCAAGAGAUCCAGCACAAUUGAGAAGAAUGGCUGCAAGGAGGGAAGAAGUUUACCAAGCUCUGCAAGGUGGGAUAUAUAGAUUACGUAAUGGUUCCCAAGAGUUUCUACAUGCCUUGACACGUUACAAGAUACCAAUGGCAUUGGUAUCUACCCGGCCAAGAAAAGUUCUUGAGACUGCCAUUCGAGCCAUUGGGAUGGAAGGGUUCUUCAGCGUCAUUGUUGCGGCAGAAGAUGUUUACCGGGGAAAACCAGAUCCUGAAAUGUUUGUUUAUGCUGCACAGCUUCUGAAAUUUAUACCUGAGCGCUGCAUUGUGUUUGGGAACUCUAAUCAGACAGUUGAAGCUGCUCAUGAUGCAUGGAUGAAGUGUGUGACGAUUGCUAGCAAGCAUCCAGUAUAUGAGCUUGGGGCUGCAGACUUGGUGGUGAACCAUUUAGAUGAGCUCUCAAUUGUUGACCUGAAGAACCUUGCUGAUAUAGAGUUGGCUGAAUUUGGUUCCAGGGAGCCUGAGUCAGAGUUGGAGAUAGAGGAAGAAGAGUCUCGGCCAUCUACCUCAAUAGCAAUAGAUGAUAUUUUCUGGUAACUUCAAAAGAAUUUUACAUUCAUAUGGUUCCUGGUGAUAAGGUUUCCCAGUGGACCUGAUGUGUAUAACAAAAAAAAGAAAAAAAAUAAAAAAAAGGGGGGAAAUGUGGUCUGCAUUGGACUACUUUUAACAUGGCAGUGUAUGUACUAGUAGUUGUAUGAUGUAUAUGCUGUACUUAACUGACUCGUUGUUCCAUGCUUCAUUGUGUAUAGCUGCUUGCUUUAGAUAUUCUGCAUUUGUUAUCUUGACUGGUUACCGCAGAUUAUGACGUGGGGGCUGCUUUGGUUUUCAGAA